AUGGGGAUAGCAAGGAGUAUCAAUGAGAGCAACCUAGCAGGCUUCAUUUUGUUGGGGUUUUCUGAUCAUCCUCAGUUACAGAAGACUCUAUUUGUGGUCAUCUUGAUCUUCUAUUUACUAACCAUCCUUGGUAAUACUACCAUUAUUCUGGUGUCUUGUCUGGAACCUAAGCUUCACACACCUAUGUAUUUCUUUCUUUCUCAUCUUUCCUUUCUGGACCUUUGCUUCACCAGUAGUGUUAUUCCCCAGCUGCUGGUCAACUUGUUGUAUCCCAUGAAAAUCAUUACCUAUGCUGGCUGCGUGGUUCAACUCUAUGUCUCCCUUGCACUGGGAUCCACUGAGUGUGUCCUUCUGGCAGUGAUGUCCUAUGAUCGCUACAUUGCUGUUUGUCGUCCCCUUCAUUACACUGUUUUGAUGCAUCCCCGUCUCUGCAUAACUCUGGCAUCUAUGGCAUGGGUUAGUGGUGUGGUUACUACCUUGGUACAGUCCACUCUCACCCUGCAGCUGCCUUUCUGUGGUCAUCACCGAGUUGAUCAUUUUUUUUGUGAGGUUCCUGUGCUCAUUAGGUUGGCCUGUGUGGACACCACUUUCAAUGAAGCUGAACUGUUUGUGGCUAGUAUCCUUUUCCUUAUAGUGCCUGUCUCAUUCAUUCUGGUUUCCUACGGUUAUAUUGCCCAAGCAGUUUUGAAGAUCAAGUCAGCUGCUGGUCGACAGAAAGCAUUUGGGACCUGCUCCUCCCACAUUAUGGUUGUCAUCAUUUUCUAUGGGACCAUCAUCUUCAUGUACCUUCAGCCAGCCAAGAGCCGAUCCAAAGAUCAAGGAAAAUUUGUUUCUCUCUUCUACACUGUUGUAACCCCCAUGUUUAACCCUCUUAUUUAUACUUUGAGAAAUAAAGAGGUUAAAGGGGCUCUGAAGAAAGUUCUAAGGAAAAUUUUGUAA